AGUGGGGGCUGGGAAGGGGGAAGUGGGGGCUGGGAAGGGACCACGGGCCCCAGCCCGAGGCCCAUGGGCCCCUCCUAGGCCUUUGCCUGAGCUGUCCGGUGUCACUACCGCAGAGCCUCGAGAAGUUCCCCAACUUUCCCGCCUCUCAGCCUUUGAAAGAAAGAAAGGGGAGGGGGCAGGCCGCGUGCAGCCGCGAGCCGUGCUGGGCUCCGGCUCCAAUUCCCCAGCUCAGUCGCUCCCAAAGUCCUCCUGUUUCAUCCGUGCGUGUAAGGGCCCCCGUCCUUGACUCCCUAGUCUCCUGCUGCCCACAGUCCAGUCCUGGGAACCAGCACCGAUCACCUUCCAUCAGGCCAAUCUCAGUCCCUUCCCCCCUCCGUCGGGGCCCACACGCUCGGUGCGUGCCCAGUUGAACGAGGCGGCUGCGGAAAAAAAAAGCGGGGAGAAAGUAGGGCCCGGCUACUAGCGGUUUUACGGGCGCACGUAGCUCAAGCCUCAAGUCCUUGGGCUGGGACUGGCUGAGCCCGGCGGGAGGCGGGGCCGAGUCACCGCCUGCCGCCGCGCCCCCGGUUUCUAUAAAUUGAGCCCGCAGCCUCCCCUUUCGCUCUCUGCUCCUCCUGUUCGACAGUCAGCCGCAUAUUCUUUUGCAUCGCCAGCCGAGCUACAUCGCUGAGACACCAUGGGGAAGGUGAAGGUUGGAAUCAACGGAUUUGGUCGUAUCGGGCGCCUGGUCACCAGGGCUGCUUUUAACUCUGGUAAAGUGGAUAUUGUUGCCAUCAAUGACCCCUUCAUUGACCUCAACUACAUGGUUUACAUGUUCCAGUAUGAUUCCACCCAUGGCAAAUUCCAUGGCACCGUCAAGGCUGAGAACGGGAAGCUUGUCAUCAAUGGAAAUCCCAUCACCAUCUUCCAGGAGCGAGAUCCCUCCAAAAUCAAGUGGGGCGAUGCUGGCGCUGAGUACGUCGUGGAGUCCACUGGCGUCUUCACCACCAUGGAGAAGGCUGGGGCUCAUUUGCAGGGGGGAGCCAAAAGGGUCAUCAUUUCUGCCCCCUCUGCUGACGCCCCCAUGUUCGUCAUGGGUGUGAACCAUGAGAAGUACGACAACAGCCUCAAGAUCGUCAGCAAUGCCUCCUGCACCACCAACUGCUUAGCACCCCUGGCCAAGGUUAUCCAUGACAACUUUGGUAUCGUGGAAGGACUCAUGACCACGGUCCAUGCCAUCACUGCCACCCAGAAGACUGUGGAUGGCCCCUCCGGGAAACUGUGGCGUGAUGGCCGCGGGGCUCUCCAGAACAUCAUCCCUGCCUCUACUGGCGCUGCCAAGGCUGUGGGCAAGGUCAUCCCUGAGCUGAACGGGAAGCUCACUGGCAUGGCCUUCCGUGUCCCCACUGCCAAUGUGUCAGUGGUGGACCUGACCUGCCGUCUAGAAAAAGCUGCCAAAUAUGAUGACAUCAAGAAGGUGGUGAAGCAGGCGUCGGAGGGCCCCCUCAAGGGCAUCCUGGGCUACACUGAGCACCAGGUGGUCUCCUCCGACUUCAACAGCGACACCCACUCCUCCACCUUCGAUGCUGGGGCUGGCAUUGCCCUCAACGACCACUUUGUCAAGCUCAUUUCCUGGUAUGACAACGAAUUUGGCUACAGCAACAGGGUGGUGGACCUCAUGGCCCACAUGGCUUCCAAGGAGUAAGAGCCCUGGACCACCAGCCCCAGCGAGAGCACGAGAGGAAGAGACAGACCCUCACUGCUGGGGAGUCCCUGCCACACUCAGUCCCCCACCACACUGAAUCUCCCUUCCUCACAGUUUCCAUGUAGACCCCUUGAAGAGGGGAGGGGCCUAGGGAGCCGCACCUUGUCGUGUACCAUCAAUAAAGUACCCUGUGCUCAGCCA